CCCUCUCACGUCACUUAGACUCUCCCCCUCACUCCACAUUAACCCCUCCCGCUCCCCCUCCUCAGUCCGCAUUAAUUCUCUCGCUCUCGCUUCGCUUUGACUCUCUCACUCUCACUGGAAGUGUUUUGCUCUUCCCUCUCAGCCAACCAAGACUCUCUCCUUCACGUGUCACUGAAACUCGCCUCCGGCGAGGGUCUGACGGCGAAACACCGACUCCAGAACACGCAAGACACUACCCUGUGCUCAUCACGGCGUCGAUCGCGAUGGGCCCAAUCUCCGCUUUGGCCCUCCUCGCCCUCACCGCUGCGCUGCCCCAGGACCCCGCGACCCCGGGGUGCCACCUUUACCCGUUUGAAGUGGCGGCGGCGGUGGUGGCGCGUGGAGUGCGCUGGAGCUGCGUGGCGCGGCUGAGCGCCUGCGUGGGCUUCUGCGAGUCGAGCGCCUUCCCCUCGCGCUUCUCGGUGCUCCGCGCCUCCGGCUACCGCCACAACGUCACCUCGGUGGCGCAGUGCUGCACCGUGAGCCGCCUGGAGAAGGUGCGGGUGCCGUGUGGUGAUGACGGGGACUGGGUGGAGGCGUUCACUGCUCGGAGCUGUCAGUGCGACACGUGUCGCCUCUCCCGAUACUGAGCAACCCGCACCACCACCUCCUCCUCCACC